UUUUGCACUUCCGGAUUAAAAAUGAGUGCAAACACACCUGAGAAGGCUUCAACAAGCUUUGAUGACAGUAUAUCACCUUCGAAAGACCCAUCAAAAUCUCCUGCUAGUGAAAAGGGUGAGAGUGAUCACAUAAAUGAACAUUCUGGACAUUCUGAAUCGGAAAGCGAUACGAGCCCUGAAAAAUCCAAAUCAUCUCACAGCAUCCCUGGUCCAUCAACACACAGUGACAGUCAAAGGGAGAGAAAAACAAGUGGUUCCAGCAAAGCAGCCAGCGAAUCUCCCGACAGAAAACGAAAAUAUGAACCAACAGAAGAAGAAAUCAGAGUAUAUCGACACAAAAGAGAAAAACAAGAAGAAGAAAGAUUGAAAAUGCAAGUACUGGUUUCAAAUUUUACCGAGGAACAACUAAACCGCUAUGAGAUGUAUCGGAGAGCAGCAUUCCCAAAAGCUGCUGUAAAGAGACUGAUGCAGUCCAUCACACGGUCAGGUGUGGCCCAGAAUGUUGUGAUCGCCAUGUCCGGUAUCGCCAAGGUGUUCGUCGGAGAGGUAGUGGAGGAAGCACUUGAUGUGAUGAAACAAUGGGGAGAGACAGGACCCAUUCAGCCUAAACACCUCCGAGAAUCUGUCCGACGCCUCAAGAGUAAAAGAACCAUCCCGAACACAAAGACUAAAACUAACUUAUUAAACAGUUGAUGUAGUAAAACAAUGCUGUUUCAUUUUACUUAAUGAUUAAACACGACAGACGUCUCCAUUCAGAGCUGCCCAACAAGAUUGUGGUGUUGGGAGAUGGUGUAGGAUCAGUUGAGGCACUAGAGUUAUGUCCCUUACCUGUACAAUGUUUUAGCUGGGGCAUUUCCAGUUGCACUAACUGACUGUGUUUUUAGUGGUAAAGCAUAUUGGACCAGUCAAUAUUUGAUGCAGGUCUUCCAACUCAUUGCUUGAGAAAGCAAUGCUGCCAGAAAAAUCUUCAGACCACAAGCUCCACUCUCAUUUCAUAAAUGAACAACUUGCAUCCAACCAUUCAGAAUAUAAUAAGCUAAAGUACAUAGGCUGACAUCAUUGUAUGCCAUCUAUGGUGCAAUGCUGAUUCGAAAAUACUUGAAAAACAUGAAAUCUUAAAAUUUCAGAAAAAUAUCAUCACUCUGGUCAUCCAUAUAGUUAUACAUGUACUCGAGUCUGUCAAUGGUUUUGAUUGUCAAGUCAUUCACAAUUGUAUUUUCAGCCAUGCUUAUAAUUAUGUGUCACAAAACAACUUGCUGAUAAGCUUAUGUCUCUUUGACUGAAAUUACACAUGUGAUGGUUGUGCAACAGAAUAUGCAAUGAUAUGUUGGAUUUUCAAUGUCAUCUGAUUUGAAAUAUUUCAUUGAAAAUAAAUUUAUUUCAUUGACUGCA